AUGGAUCGAAGCCUAGACGAAAUCAUCGCCGAAGACACCCGCAAGCCGACCCGUCCCUCGGGUGGCCGGCGCAGCCAAGGCCAAAGCCAAGGCCGCCGUCGCGGCGAACGCGAUGGCGUCAGAAAGGUAUCUAUCAACCAGCUCGGUUCCCAUGGAAUUGAACAACAAUUGCUGUCCGCCCUCCUAUUCCUCAAUCGAAUUAUGUUGCGCCGUGACACAAUCGUUGCCAGUCCUCUGGAAGUUCGGAGACUCGCCAACGAGGAGGCCGCGGCGAAGACUCAGAAAAAGCACCGUCCAUACCAGCAAGAUCGCGUCGACCUAAACCUCGACUGGGUACACGACAAGUUCAAUGACAACGACAGAGACUCACGCCCCCGCGGACCCCGCCGUCGCCAUUCCCCCGACCGUAGCGGCUCCGCCCUCACAAAGGUUCGCGUUGAAAACCUCCACUACGACAUUACUGAGAGUGAUCUUGAAGACCUCUUCGGCCAAAUCGGCCCCGUCUCUACCCUAACCCUCGCAUACGACCGCGCUGGACGCUCCGAGGGAGUUGCCUACGUCACAUACACCCAUCUCAAGGACGCACACACCUCGAUCCAAGAGUUCGACGGCGCCAAUGCCAAGGGCCAACCCAUUCGUCUGUCUCUCAUCCCCGGCCGCCGCGGUGAUCGCGGAGGCGAUCGUUCUGGUGGCAGUUCUCUUUUCGACCGCGUGGAGCGCCCAGCACGCAAUGCCCGCAGCUUGAGUCCUUCCAGUGACAACGAGGGAGACAGAUCACGCCGCCGUCGCGGUGGACCUCGUGCUCGCCGCAGCGACGUCACCGGGCCCACUCCCGAUGGCAUUGACCGAUACGUCCCCGGACAACGCUCUUCCAACCAACGCGGCGAAGGACGACGCGGAGGCCGCGACAACAAGCCCCGAAAUGCCGAGAAUGGCGGUCGUCGUUCCAAUGCCCGUCCCCGCAAGACACAGGAGGAACUGGAUCAAGAGAUGGAGGACUAUUGGGGCGGUAACGGUAACGAUGCCUCUGCCGAGACUGCCGCAGCACAGCCUGAACAAGCGGUGGCUCAGUCAGCUCCUGCUGAGACUGCACCUGCGCCUGCUGCUGCUGCGCCGGCCCAUGCGGAUGACGAUAUCGACAUGAUCGAAUAA